UCUGUGUGCACAGUACUUGGGCAGUGAAAAUGACUUCCUUGACGUCGUACCCUAGCCUACAUACAUCCGAACAACCUCGUUUGCAUGUUUUUGUGUGUCCUGAAUGAAAAAGUAGAGAUUUCUUAGAACAAAGGGUAGGACCGGCUUAGAGCAGGGGAGAUUUGAAGUUCAAUGCUGCAUCUGCCAGACGGGCCCGGCCCGGCGCGACGUUGCCGCUUCUGAGGAGCCCGUGGUGGGCGCUGCUGUCCGUGCGCAGUGCCGUGUGUGAGGGCCGCUCCGCUUCCCGCCUUUUCCCGGAGCGGCCGAGGCGGGGCCGCAGCCUGUCUCGUCCCUGCCGCCUUCUCGCCCGCCAGAGGGGCAGGGGUACGUAAGGCAGCUUGCGGGCUGCGAUUUGGAGCGAGGGGUUUGGGACCGAGCAGCGUUCUCUUUGCCGCUGGUGAGUCCUCUCCGUGUGAGGCCGCAGGGGCGCUGUACAAAGGUGAGACCUUAAGAAUGGGGAAGAGGCCAUCGGUGAGCAGAAGGAGAUGAAUAAAAGGCUUGGGGCCGACAGUAGGGAACAGAGAUACCGUGGUGGCCCCUCAGCCUUUUAGACGCCAGCGGCUUCCCUCAGAAAUCAGAUGUGCUCUAAGUCUCCCUCGCUGCUUGAGAUAGAAGCAGAUGGACACCCACGAUGAAAAGCCCCACAAAAAAAUCUCGGAAGUACUGGUUUAUUUUACAUUUUCUUUUGGCAGGAUGAAAAAAGGAGACCAGUUUCUUAGAAAAAAUCGUUGUUAAAUACACUGUAACAGAGUAGGAAGAAAAUCUCAUUAUGGCACCAUCAGGAAGAAAGCAUGGAGGAAAAGCUGCCAAACCAGUGCAGGAACAUCGAGCAUUACCUGCUUACGACUUUGAGGAAAGAAAAGAGCUAAGUGGAUCAGAAGAAGAUAUUAGAGAAGGUGAAACACCAGUAAUGGACAAGCAUGGAAAGAAGAGACCUUUGGUCAAUACUCAUGUUGUUGCAGAUGAUGUGGGGGGUGAAGUACAGAAUAUGUUGGAAAGAUUUGGAGCUGACAUUAACAAGGCUCUCUUAGCAAAGAGGAGAAGAUUAGAGAUGUAUACAAAAGCCUCACUCAAAACCAGUAACCAGAAGAUAGAACAUGUUUGGAAAAUGCAGCAAGACCAACGGCUGAAGCUCAAUCAUGAGUUCUCCCAGCAGUUCCUGAAUUUAUUUCAGCAAUGGGAUGUAGAUUUGCAGAAAGCAGAGGAGCAGGAAGAAAAACUAGCGAAUGUGUUUCGUCAGCAACAAAAAGUUUUUCAACAGGCAAGAAUAGUCCAAAGUCAGAGACUGAAAACCAUUAAGCAACUCUAUGAGCAUUUCUUAAAGAGCAUGGAAGAGCUGGAGAAGACCAAUGAAAAUCUUCUAGUUGGUGCACAAAGUGAACUUCGCAAAGAAAUGGCUAUGUUGCAGAAGAAGAUUAUGAUGGACACCCAACAGCAGGAGAUGGCAACUGUUCGCAAGUCUCUUCAGUCCAUGUUAUUCUGAUGGCUCAUUGGAGAAACAACUUGUACCUAAGUAACAUGAUAUAAGUACAGGCAUUAGCCAUGGAGAAGUAUGUUAAGAUUUGAAUGUUUUAAAGUUCCUAAUAAUUAAUCUUUUCAUGGAUUGUUCUAAUCUUCUUGUAUGAACAUGUAUUAAUAAAUUUAUUACUCUGGAGGUUAUGGACCCCAAACAA